AAUGAGGUGGAGACCUCAAUGAGCGCUUUCACUGCCUGCGCUUUGGCCGCUCCAUGGCUGUCACCCUCCGGUGACUUGGGGGAAUCAGACGACCGGUUUCGUUGAUGAUCUGACGUCAGUUUGCGCCAACAGCAUGGUUAUAAAAGGCUAUCCGAAGACGGGCGCUCCAAGAUCCCGGAGCUGUUACUGGAGGAGGUCAAGAUGCGCACUUUGAGCUUCACCGCCUGUGUGCUCCUGCAGCUGGCUGCCCUCCGAGUCCUGCACGGCGCUAAAUGGACAUACAGGGGACCAGAAGGAGAGCAUCAUUGGUCCAAGCAUUACCCCUUCUGUGGAGGUGCUUUCCAGUCUCCAAUAGACAUCAAAUCAGAGCUGCUGAGGUUCGAUCCAGCUUUGCGUCCGAUUGAGCUUCAAAACUACAACCUGUCACCAAAUGAACAACUCACUCUGGGAAAUAAUGGGCAUUCUUUGCAAAUAUCUCUGCCCCCCAAGAUGUAUAUCUCCAGCCUGCGUCAUCGUUAUACUGCAGCUCAGCUGCAUUUCCACUGGGGCUCCUCCAGUCGGCCUGCAGGAUCUGAACACACGGUUAACAGUAGGGAGUACGCAGCAGAGAUGCAUGUAGUACAUUACAACUCAGACAAGUACCCCAACAUUUCCAUGGCUGUAGACAAAUCGGAUGGUUUGGCUGUGCUGGGUGUAUUCGUUGAGAUUGGGGAUUUUAAUCCUGCCUAUGAAACAUUUCUGAAGUUUAUCAACGGUAUCAAAUACAGAGAUCAUAAAGUGCAGGUGCCAGGUUUCAACGUCAGAGCACUGCUACCUAACCGUUUGGACGAGUUCUAUCGCUAUGACGGGUCACUGACGACUCCCCCGUGCUAUCCUAGUGUGCUGUGGACAAUUUUCAGAAAUCAUGUGACUAUUUCUCAAAAACAGUUCUCGGCACUGGCAACAGCCCUCUACUCCUCCUAUGCCCAGGACUCUACAGCUACACCUCUGCAUGGCAACUUUAGGAAACCACAGCUUGUUGACAGCCGAGUUGUCCUGGUGUCUUUUAAGGAAGAUGACUCUUUUUGGAUAAACAAUGGUUUGCUGGUUCCCAUAUUGGUGGGCUGUUCCAUACUGGGAGUUAUUCUUAUUGUGGCUUUAAUAUGCUUCCUGUUAAGGCAAAAAAGAUCUGCAGGCGACCAGAAUAAAAGCAAGAGUGUCGUGUCCAACAUUGGAGACAGAGACGAGUGUGGCUCAAGAGUCUAGCAUCUGUCAUCAAUGAAUCCUCUUGUCUCUUCUUGUAAUCCCUUUAGUUUUAUUGAAGUUGUUUAUGGCUUGUUUUAAAAACCUAUACAUGCAUGCAACUUCAUAUAAUUAUCUCUGCAUUGAGUAAAGGAUUUUGGGGAGAUUCUUUUCUCCCCUUCAAGCCUUAGUCAUGUCUUGCUUAGCUGUGACGUGCAGACACACUGCAAAAACGAUCUAGAAAUAAGAAAAAAAUUUCAUAAAUUAAGUGUAUUUACCCUUAUUUUGAGCAGGUUAAUAAGAUGGUUUGCCAAUGGAAUGAGUAUAUCCACUCUUAAAGUAAGACAAUUGGAUAUUAUGCACUUGAACAAUUGAACAACACUUGACAAUGUAGCUGUUUUUCUCAUUUUAUAUGUAAAUAAUCUUUUUCCAUUUGCAAAAUGUCUUGCUUAUCUCCUCAGUUCAAGAACAAAUUAAAUAGAGAUAGAACUUCUUGCAAUGCAGAACAUGUUUGGUCUCAAUGCUGUAUGUUUUACAUUGCAUGAUUUCUUCCCUGUUGAAAGGAGCAAAGUGCUGUCCAUGCAAAUACAACUCCAUUUGUGUGACGCAGUAUGACUGGAUUCUGAAAAGAGGUGCCACACAGAAGCUUCCAGGCAAGUGGAGUUAGGCCGUAGCUGAACUGCUGACGUUCUCAAAUCAAGUCAGAUCAAGACAUGUAUUCCACAGGGCUGUCCCGACAUGGUGGAAAGCCUAACCACAAGCCAAACAAUAGAGGAAUAGGAGUCGGCAGACAUGGCCUGAGAGGGAUGGGCUGCGCCACAUUUCCACCAACCCUGUACUUAGAACUGCUAUACGGAUUUUAUAAUAAAAGGGUUCUCAGCUCCAUACAAACACAGCUCCUUCCCUGUGAAUAAUACUGAGGGGGAAAAAGGCCUUUGUGUUUUCAGGCUGCAUGUGGGCUGACUAUUAACCCCUGUCUGAUCACAAGACUAACCUCUGAGCACAUUACAGAGCUUCUCAGUAGAUUGCACAGUCAGACCAUUGGAGACAUAAUGUUAAACCUUUGUUUUCAUUUAACAAGUUUCAGAUAUUUUACUGAUAUGUAAUAUGAAGGGAUAAUUUGAUAAAAUAAGCAUUGGAUUCUUCACAUAGUGCACUGAGUAUUUGUUUCUUUUUUAUUUGUUUUUUUUGCAAAGCAUCAUUCAGCAGUUGUGUUUUCUCUGCUCUUCCCAACACAUCAUUGUUAAUAUCGUGCUUCCAUAUUUAUCUGUCAUGUGUCAUGACAUAUGUCAAGAUGUAUUUGUUACUUGAAAAAUUUCUGUGGUUGCUGUAAAAAGCAGGGUUUUUUAUGUGAGUCUUUGAGAAGAUUGA